CUGAGAUUAGACCAAUUACAACUGGCAACCUCAACUCCUCUCGCUAUACGCACAGGCUGCCUUUGACACACGGAUAAGCGGUCUGAACGGCUUUGUGAAGAUGUUUCAUCCAAAGAAAAGUGAUCUUCCAUUGCAUCAGUUCCAUCCCAGAGAACAGCCGAAAUUGAAGAAAUGGCUAAAGAAACCAUUGGUGUAUGCACUGACAGUGAUACUGCUAUGGUGGUUUUUUUGGCCUUCGCACAGUGAGGUACUCCACUAUUCAGACGAGGAGAAGCUACUGAGAGCCAUGGACUUUGAGAGGUUGAGUAAAUAUGACGAGGGAGUGGACAAAUGGUUGAUAGAUCACGAGGGCACUGUGACCCAGGGUACACCGCAGUACACUGAGUAUUUGAAGGAUAAAGAGGCAUUAUACCACUCCACUGUGGAGUAUUGGGAUCUCAAUGACUAUCAAGGACACCCAGACGGUGAAGAACAAGGCGAUUUGAUCCUGCUAUUGAUUCCGCUGCGUAACGCAGAAUCCGUGCUGCCCUUGAUGUUCAAGCACAUGAUGAACUUGACAUAUCCACACUCGUUGAUUGAUGUUGCCUUCUUGGUUAGCGACUGCUCACCAGACGAUCAUACUUUGGAGGCGCUUUUUGACUAUUCAAUUGCUUUGCAACACGGUAAUUUAUCCAAAGUCCUGGACCUAGAGGAUAAGGAGAAAUCUGUAAAGGGAUCUACUGAGCUACACCUCAACUAUAUGAGUCCCGAGUACUUGGAUCAAAGAGAAAAGUCGUUUGCUCCGCCAUUCCACAAAGGUUAUGAUACACCUUUCAGGUCAGUUGAGAUCUUCAAGAAGGACUUUGGACAAGUUAUCGGCCAGGGAUUUACAGAUCGCCACGAUGUGAAAGUACAAGGUAUCAGACGUAAACUCAUGGGAAGAGCACGUAACUGGCUGACGGCAAAUGCCUUGAAGCCUUAUCACUCUUGGGUCUAUUGGCGUGAUGCCGAUGUUGAGCUUAUGCCCGGUGAUAUCAUCCAGAAUUUGAUGAAAUUCGAUUACGACGUUAUAGUACCGAACGUUUGGAGACCUUUACCGGAAUUCUUGGGUAAGGAACAAGCAUAUGAUCUCAAUUCCUGGAUGGAAAGUGAACAAGGUUUAGCAUUGGCCAAGAAGCUGGAAGAAGAUGACGUUAUCGUUGAAGGUUAUGCAGAAUACCCAACAUGGAGAGUACAUCUUGGUUACAUCAGAAAACCAGAUGGAAACCCGGAUGAACUUGUCAACUUGGACGGUGUUGGAGGUGUAUCCAUCUUGGCAAAGGCUAAGAUCUUCAGACAAGGUGUACAAUUUCCAGCUUUUACUUUCCUUAACCAUGCUGAGACAGAGGCCUUUGGAAAGAUGGCGAAGAAGAUGGGCUUCAAAGUUGGUGGAUUACCUCACUACACCAUCUGGCAUAUUUAUGAACCAUCUGAGGAUGAUCUAAAAGAGAUUGCUAAAAAGGAGCGUAAAAAACGGAGAUCCGGGAAACGUGAAUGAUCUAGUUGAACAACGUUAAUAGUAUUCUCAUAUGUUGAUAUUCUUGGAGCACUAUAGAGAAAGAGAUGUGAUUAUAUAUAUGACUACAGUGUGGUGUGAAUAUAAUGGUGUAAGAAUAAAGGAAAUCAACAAAACAUGCAAAUAUACGACUAACGUCUUCUCUAUUUGGAAUGAUGGUAUGAACUUCG